UCCAUAGUCCUCCAUCUCCACAAACACAUUACUUCUGUUUCACCUCUGAAAAUCAAAAACAUGACUUCAACAAAUCAAGAAACAACCAUGAUCACCACCAAAACUUUGCUCUCCACGGCGGCAUCUCUCGCCACCUCCGUCGUCCUCGCCCGCACCAUCAUCAACGACGUUCUUCCUGACUCAUUCCGCCACCACAUCUUCAACUCUCUUCACCUCUUGUUCGGCCGCUUCUCAUCACAAAUCAUCAUCACCCUCAGAGAAUACAAUGGUUUUGCCGCCAACGAAUUAUACCAAGCAACCGAGACCUAUCUAAGCACCAAGAUCUCCCCAAACACUCGCCACCUCUGCGUGAGCAAGACCGAGGGAGAACAAAGCUUAGAGAUCACCAUGCAACGUGGAGAAGAAAUCAUAGACUCAUUCCAAGGUGUGCAAUUUAAAUGGAGGUUUAUAAGCCACAAAUCACAACAUGAGAUCCCAACCCCUCCCAACUACUAUUAUAGAGGCUCAAUCAUGGCUUCCGAAGAGAAAACCUAUGAGCUCUCAUUCCAUAAAAAACAUAAGAAUAAGGUUUUCAACUCUUAUUUCCCUCACAUACUCAACCAAGCCAAAGUCAUCAAGGAAGAAGAGAAGUCUAUUAAGAUCCAUGCAGUGAAGUAUGAGCGUAUGCAUGGUGACAUGAAAGACAUGUGGUCGGCGGUGGACUUAAAUCAUCCGGCGACGUUCGAGACGUUGGCGAUGGAACAGAACCUCAAGCGAGAAGUGAUGGAGGAUUUGGAAAGGUUUGUGAGGAGGAAGGAGUACUAUAGAAAAGUUGGUAAGGCUUGGAAACGUGGUUAUUUGCUUUACGGGCCGCCGGGGACCGGAAAGUCGAGUUUGAUUGCAGCAAUGGCUAACUUCUUGAAGUUUGAUGUGUAUGACUUGGAGCUUACAGCUAUAAACUCAAACUCUGAGUUGAGGAACUUGUUGGUUUGUACUGCUAAUAAAUCUAUACUCGUUGUGGAAGAUAUAGAUUGUACUAUAGAGUUGGAAAACAGAGACAAGGAAAAGGAACAAGAUGCUCCUCCGAGGCCACGGUGGAACAAUGGCUAUAAGGAAGAAAAGGUAACUCUUUCGGGGCUUCUUAACUUUAUUGAUGGUUUAUGGUCAAGUUGCGGAGAUGAGAGGAUCAUCAUUUUCACAACCAAUCACAAAGAUCGUCUUGAUCAUGCAUUGUUGCGUCCUGGAAGGAUGGACAUGCACAUUUACAUGGGAUAUUGUAGUCCUUGUGGGUUUAAAACUUUGCUUGCUAAUUACCAUAGCAUUGAAAACCACAAACUCUGUGAAGUUGUUGAAAACCUUCUUCAAGAGAUUGAAGCCACUCCAGCUGAAGUUGCAGAAGAAUUAAUGAAAAGUGAUAUUGUGGAGGUUGCACUUGAAGGUCUUAUUAAGUUCUUAGAAAACAAGAGGAUUGAAGCAAGUAAGCCCAAGGAGAAUGGCAUAGACUCUAGUAGUAUUAAUGGAGGAGGAGAAAUUAUAGAAAUUGAGAAAGAUGGAGAAUGAAGAAAUGUAAUUCAUAAUUUUCAUACAUGGGAUACAAUGAUUUAUA